AAUAACGCUGCUGCUGCUGCUGCUGCUGCUGGAUCCUCUGGGGAGCGGGCAGAAGCACGACGGUGCUGUUCCUGUCAGCCUGCCGUCAGAUGAAGCUCAUUUCUGGGUCUCGUUUAUUCUGUCCGGCUUGAUCUGAGGGGAGGGUCCAGCUGGGAGAGGAAUAACAAACCGUGGAAGGAGGUGACAUUCCCUUCACUGCCUGGCGCAGUCAGUGCGUUGACCGCUGUCAGACGUGGACGAGGUAAAAACCGAAAUGGUGCAUUUAAAUUUCUGUUUUUAACGCCGAGGGGAGCCUGGCUCGGUUCUCCAGCCGUUUCUGGAUUAAAUUCCGGGGGGAGGAAUAAUAACAAUACAUGCCCGGUCGCCGAGUCGGAGCGACGGGAGAAUGCAGCACAGCGGGUGUUUGGCUGCAGGUGGAUGGCCAACCUGACGGUCCCAGCCGCCGCUUCCCUCCCGUUCAGCCGCCGCUGCCGCUGCAGCAGCAGCAGCAGGUCUGGCUUCACCCGGAGCUCUGAAAACAGAAACCGAAAACCGACUGAGAGACCAAACCAGCCAUAUAAGCCCGAGCCAUGCUUCCUGGGGUCGGCGUGUUCGGCACCAGCCUGACCGCCAGGGUGAUCAUCCCGCUGCUGAAGAAUGAGGGCUUCGCCGUUAAGGCGCUGUGGGGCCGGACGCAGGAGGAGGCGGAGGAGCUGGCCAAGGAGAUGAACGUGCCCUUCUACACCAACCGGAUCGACGACGUGCUGCUGCAUCAGGAUGUGGAUCUGGUCUGCAUCAACCUGCCUCCGCCUCUGACGCGACAGAUCGCAGUCAAAACACUGGGUAUUGGAAAGAACGUCAUCUGCGACAGGACCGCCACGCCUCUGGAUGCCUUCAGAAUGAUGUCAGCGGCUCAGUACUACCCCAAGUUGCUAAGCAUUAUGGGAAAUGUGCUACGUUUCUUGCCGGCGUUUGUUCGAAUGAAGGAGCUUUUAGAGGAAGGGUACAUUGGGGAGCUUCUGGUCUGUGAGGCCCAGGUUCACAGCGGUUCUCUCCUGGGGAAGAAGUACAACUGGAGCUGCGAUGACCUGAUGGGAGGCGGCGGCCUGCACUCUGUGGGCAGUUACAUCAUUGACCUUCUUACAUUUCUGACGGGCCAGCGUGCUGCAAAAGUCCACGGCUUCCUAAAGACCUUCGUCAAACAAACGGACCACAUCCGGGGUAUCCGUCAGAUCACCAGUGACGACUUCUGUACGUUCCAGAUGGUUCUGGAGGGAGGCGCCUGCUGCACCGUCACGCUCAACUUUAACGUGCCUGGAGAGUUUCGUCAGGAGGUGAUUGUUGUGGGGACUGUCGGGCGGUUAACUGUCACAGGGACGGACCUGUACGGGCAGAAGAACAGCGGGGGCGGAGAAGGCGGUGGCGGCCCUGAACUACUGCUCAAAGACACCACGCCUCUGGAGAAGGCUUCUUUACCGGAGAAGGCCUUCAGUGACAUUCCGUCCCCGUAUCUCACUGGGACGAUCCGCAUGAUCCAGGCCGUGCGGCAGGCCUUUCAGGACCAAGAUGACCGGCGGACGUGGGACGGGAGGCCUCUGACGAUGGCCGCCACCUUUGAGGAUUGCCUUUAUGCUCUGUGUGUGGUGGAUACCAUCAAGAAAUCCAACCAGUGUGGAGAAUGGCAGAACAUUGUGGUGAUGACAGAAGAACCAGAGGUCAGCCCGGCUUAUUUAAUCAGCGAGGCCAUGCGGCGGAGUAGGAUGUCGCUCUACUGUUAACAUCUGGCCGAUGUGAUAAUCUCAUCAGGAUGGCUGAACGCCUGCGUUACCUUAGAAAACGAGAGGUGGAAGGGCCUCGGUAUUGUUGGAACCUUUUUCAUACGGCUACCGGAUUCAGUUCUUAAAUUUAAAGUCUGUAUUGUUACUGUUACAGACAAAGAGGUUACACCACUAUAAUACAGAGAGUUUUGGUUUCCAGACACCCCUGCCUCUGUCAUAGAGGAAAAGCAAUGUGAUUAAUAAUGAAACCUUUAUUUAUGAGGAAGUCCUUCUGGGUUUUUUUUCCCUUUUGACAGAGGACCUGAACCCUUCUGAGGAGACGUAAAUCAAACUGAUUCAUGCAACAGAAAGAUGAGAUGCCGUCGUACAGCGGAGGCAGAUCUGGGAGUGAAACUAAUUCUACUGUGUUGUGCUUGACCAUAAGGGUAUUUCCUCUCUUGUCUCUGCUGCUCCUCUGCAUGACUGGGUCUGGAAGUCAACACCUUACACUGUGGGUCCGAAUGAGGACAGCCAAGGAAGAACGACAGUCCCUCUCGGUUAAAACUGUGCCGCUCUGUUGUUGCUAUAAUCUGAAGUACUUGCUAGUUUUACCAAGUGAAUGUUUCAAAAAAAAAAAAAAAAAAAAUCAGUGUGCUUGAUAGCUUCAGUCUCUGUCUGCUCUGUAUGCUUCCUCUGUAUGUGUGAAACAAGAGAGAAAAAAAUCAAUAGUUUGGCUGGUGGGUUUUCAGAGGGGUUUACCUUCUGGUUUAUGUAUGCAAUAUAUUCAGACCGCAGCCUGCAGCAGAAAGAGCCUACUUUAAUCUUCCAGCCUGGAGUCAAGGGUUAAGAUGCACUAUGGUAUGCCUUUAUGCAGUUACAGUAGCCUGCGCACUAGUUUGCGCGUCUUGUAUGAGUCAGCGAUGCUUUGUGUUUAUUUUAUGUCAUAAAGCACAGCCAUGAAAUAUGCUGAAUUCUGUGUGAUGUGUUAGUACAUAUCUGUACUGAGCCUUAAGUCAGUGUGGAUAGUGAUACAGACCUACACUAAGUUGGAAGCUGGGGUUUUAUCCAGAUAUUGCAAUACACUGAGUCACCACUGCUGGAAGCUAAUGUCAUUUAGUGAGUGACAUGUUUUAUAAAAACCCCUUUAACAUACAGAGUGACAUGCAGGCUUAUCAGUAUGCAUCACAUGCACGUCAUCUUGGACCCGGACUGACAGUAAGACUGGAAAUUUGCAGCCAAUUAACAGCAGCAGAAAGUGGAAUCGAUUAGCUUUUCUUUCACUUCCUGUUAGAGGUCUUAAAUGUCAAGGCUGGUGUUAUUCUUAUACACUUUUUGCACUCAAAUGAAUGGGUAAUAUGCAGGUUUUUAAACGCAGGUAAACCUGCUAAACAAGUAGCUUUAGACAGGUUUGUCUUUCUGUGAAAGCUGAAAGCACCAAAAACAGGAUUAGUAAACAGCAGAAAGCAGCAUGGAGGUCAGUGACUCUGGUCAGUGACUCUGUUAUGGCAGAUACUUUAUCUGACAUCACUAACUUGCCAAUGUUGCCAUCUGGCAGCGUUGCAUAUGAAGAACAAAAUCAC